UAGUAUAAACAUGGAAAAACUAAAAAUUACCUUGCAAAUGCACCAUGGUAAUCUUUUAUAAGGGAAUAUCCCUUUAUGUGUGUUCUCCAUCAUUAUCUAUUGUUUAUGUUUAGAUCAUUUAGAACAUUAAUGACUAAUGUUCUAAGAGUGUGAAACACAAAACAUCGAAUUCUUUAAGACUAGAACCCAUAAUAUUUUACAUUUUAAACAGGUAAGAAAUAAAAUACCAUGAAAAAAUGGGUGUGAAGUACAGUGUGCCUUAGAAAAUGAGAAAAAAAAAAUAAUGAAGUUGUGUUUUAAGGAAGUUAAAUAUACCACAAGACAAGUGCAGUUCUGUGGUGUUCCAGUUACAGGACAGAAGAAACAAUGAGAAAAAUUGAACUACUGCCACUGAAACCUCAACCCUAUGUUGCAUACUUCUGAACUGAUUAGCCUGAAAAGUAUUCAAGCACACCUUACUGUGAACACUUUAAAAACUUUUGAAAUAAAACACUGUCUGAGUAGUAGAAAUGAGCACAGUAUAUUGAGACAGUGUGGACCCUUAUACCUGGGCUUAGUGAGACUAUCACCAUAUGGAUCUUUGGGGCCGAUCGGAGACCCCCACAUGAACAAGCCUAGGAGCAGCUGUAAAUACGGUGAAGGGGGGUGGAGGGAUGUUUAUGCUAGCAGAUGCACUGUUGGCUGACUAGAACACUGGGCAGUGAUUCGGCUCUGGGGCUGUCCCUGUGUGCCUGUGCAUGUGGUGUGAAUCAACACUUUCUCUCUCUGUCCUCUCCUCAGACCCCACUGCUGGUAAAGCUCCUCCAUACAGAUGGGCUGCAUUGGUCCUGGCAGGACUGUGCACUCUCUCAGUGGCUGUCAUUAUAUUCCUCACAGUCUACAUUUUACAUAUGCAGUCUAAGUAUUCAGAAGUGGAAAGGAACUACACUAAUCUGUACCACAAUGUUCACACUGGAGAAGAACUACAGCAACAUCUCAGAGAAAUACUCAGCAUUGGACCAGUACUGUCCCCUCACAGACACCUCUUCCAAGGAGCGAGUUUGUAAAUCCUGUCCACAGAACUUGGAGCUGUUCAAUGGCAAGUGUUACUACUUCUCCACUGAUAGAAUGAACUGGAACUCCAGCCGUGAUAACUGCACAUCACUGGGGGGGCACCUGGUGAUUAUAGAGAGCGAUGGAGAGCAGAAAUUCCUAUCUGAGAAGGCCUGGAACAUCACACAAGAGGCUAAUGUAAUGAAGGAAGAAGAGAUACCCCACUGGAUCGGCCUGACUGAUGCUGUUACUGAAGGAACCUGGCUCUGGGUGGAUGGCACUCCUCUCAUUGGAAAUGUCAAAGCAAAAUUCUGGGCCACCAGGACACAUGAUGGUGUUGAAUAUGGUAAAGAGCCUGAUGACUAUAAAGGAGAGGACCUGUCUGGUGAAGACUGUGCAGAACUACAUCCACUGAGGAAUUCCUAUGAGAUCUGGGGUGAUUCUUUGUGCACAAAACAAUAUAAAAGGAUUUGUGAAACUAAGGCAGUGAUAGCCUAAUAAGAGGAUAAUCAGGACAAUAAAAAGCUAAGGUUACUGAAGCACAAAGAGAGACUAGAAAGAAUAGAAGAAACUCAGUUCAGAUAGACAAGCAUGCAGGUCAUCCCCCAACAUUACCAUAUUAACCGUUUGAUUCCCACAUUAUGAAAAAGCAGAGAUAACAAUGAGCUGGUGGUUAUUUGUACUGAAUGUAGUCUGGCCUUGAGAACAAGAUUGCAUUGUUGUUCUGAAACAAAGCUGAAACAUUAAGAAUCUCACAAUAUGAAAGUGCAGCUUUCUGAUCUCAGGUAGUUGAGCAACGUGAACAGAAAGGUCAGUGUUUAUUUAAAACCACUGCACACACACACCCAGGGGACUCCCUCACACUAAAAUUUUGUAAAAUAUUUGAUUUACCCAAAUGUAAUGUGAAAGUUUUCUAGGAGGCUAGGAACAGUUAUUAUGUUCACCAUGUAGAGUGGGACAGACAGAAGUCAUUGUAUUUUGUACCUUGCUCUUAAUUGUACU